AUGUCUGCAGCGUCGUCAUCGUCGUCGUCGUCACCGUCGUCACAAGGAAUACCGCGAAAAUUUAGCGAGAAAAUAGCAAUAAUGGAGAGGAAAUCAAAUGAGGAUCACGAAGUAUUUCAAUCAGUUAUGCGAGAUAUUCGUGCGAUAACUUCUGCCUCAUCGUCGUUAUUAUCAAAUUCGUCCAAGGAACGAGAAAAAGCGGGACGAGGUCGGGAAGGUCGCGACGAAGGUCAGGAGGGUGGGGCUGAGGACGAGCCAGUCGCGACAACAACAGCUGUAGUGCCACCGCAGUGGACUGUUAGUAAUAAUAGUCGGAUAAAUUUUAUUGGUGCUGGUGGUUCGUUGCCAAAUGUUCAUGAGAUGUUACAGCAACAGCAGUCGAUUCAAAAUUGGCAGCUUUGGCCAAAUUCUGUUAUUCAGACGAGUCAUAAUCACCAGCAGUAUUUUCAGCAAGAACAACAGCAACAUCAGCCGCACCAUCAGCACCAACAGUACCACAAUUAUCACCAUAAUCGUACUCGUUCACCGUCAUCGUCGUCAGCAGCAGGUGUGGCAGCAGUAGCAGCGACAACAGGAACAACGGCAGCAACGAUGACAACAAUAACGCAGCAUUAUCAUCCCUAUCGGACAAAUAAAACUGUUAUUGAUCAACAGCAACAUGGUUUACUUCUUCCAUUUGAUUAUUAUUACAAUAAUAAAUUAGCAGCGUCAUCGUCAGCAUCAUCGCCAUCCUCGAAUAAUGGAUUUGGAGAAGGAAUUUUCGGAGGAAUAAUAGGAGCAGGUGGAGGAAGUGGUGGCGAAGGAAGGGAAACAGGAACAAGUGCUCACAAUCAUUUACAGCCGCCAACACUUCUUUAUAAUAAAGCAUUUAGUGAUCCGACCAUUCAUAUGAAUCUUAAUCUUUAUGAAACAUCAGCACUUCAACGUUCAUUAAACUUUGAAUGCGAUGUUCAUCGAAUAAAUCAACAACAACAGCAGCAACACCAACAACCACAAAGAAUGUUCGAUCGGUCGGCAAAUGUAGAACAGCCUUCUUAUUUAACGAUGACGAAAAGAAAUUAUUCUUCAAAUGAUAUGUUGGUGAGUUCGUCAUUAUCAUCAUCACCAGUUGCUGCAGCUGCAAUUGCAACAAAUAAUAUGCAAAUAAGUCGACCCCAACAAUGUAGCAGUAGGUCUUCAUCUACAGCGUCAUCACCGUGCCAGUCAUCACAGCAAUAUAUUUAUAUUACUUGCAACAGUAAUACUAAUAACAACAAUUGUAAUAGUAAUAACGAUAAUAAUAAUUUGCGUGCAAUUUCAACAUUAACAACACCUUUUACUUCAAUAAUUGAUACAUCGCAAUCAGCACCAACAAGUCCAUUACAAUAUAAUGCCGAAAUACCGACUUUAAUUUCAUCAUGGCCAUCAAGAAAUUUUUCAAAUAGUCCCGAUUCAUUAGAAAUUCCAAAUAUUGUAUUAACUGGUACUGAUGGACAGUUGGAUUGUUUUCAAGAUUUACAAGAUUUACAUUUGGAUGUUAACGAAAUUCAACAAUUACUUAACAAUUCGAACGAGGUUGAUGGAAUAUGUGAAACGCAACUAUUUCAUUGA